AUGGCAUCCAAGAAGCAAGGGUCUGCUACAAGGGCACUACUCGUGGAGGAUAUCAAAGUUGACUGUGUAAUUCUCUUGCGUAUGUUGCGCAAACUUAACUGCGAAGCUACUGUUGCUCAUAAUGGCAAAGAAGCUGUUGACCUUUUCCUUGAAGGGAAAACAUUUGACAUUGUUUUCUUUGAUAAGGAUAUGCCAUUGAUGACUGGUCCUGAGGCUGUGACCAAGAUUCGUUCCAUGGGAGCUACUGAUGUGAAGAUGGUUGGAGUCUCAGCAGAUUACGGUGGCAUGGAGGCAUUCAUGCGUGCUGGUGCUGAUAUGUUUGUCCCCAAACCCAUGAAGCUUGAGACCCUCGAUUCUAUGCUCCAGGAGGUCAUUGGCAAGAAGAACACGAGUGGCUAGCUUGUAGCAUCGACAGAUGAAGUGCAACUCAUAAUAUAUAUGCAGUUUUCCUUAUGUGCUUAUGUGGGG